GUCCCCCAACCCUGCACUACCCCUACACAUACUCCAUGGAUGGGUCUCUGCCACUGUGAUACCCCCCCAAAAUCUCUCCCUUUAUCCUUCCCCUUUCAGGAGUCAUGCCCCCAUGAACCCUAAAGCUUUGCCCCCUCCACAGGAUGGCAGAAGGUCCACAUUCCAACUCCACCUUCCCACGCCCAACCUUCUUCAUACUGACUGGCAUUCCGGGGCUAGGGCCUGCCCAGGCUUGGCUGACACUGGUCUUCGGGCCCAUGUAUCUGUUAGCCCUGCUGGGCAAUGGAGCACUGCUGAUAUUGGUGCAGUUAGAUUCCACACUGCAGCAGCCCAUGUUUCUACUCCUGGCCGCACUGGCAGCCACAGACCUGGGCUUAGCUACAUCUAUAGCCCCAGGGUUGCUUGCUGUGCUGUGGCUUGGGCCCCGGCCUGUGCCAUACAGUGCCUGCCUGGUCCAGAUGUUCUUUGUUCAUGCACUGACUGCUGUAGAAUCUGGUGUACUGCUGGCCAUGGCCUGUGAUCGUGCCGUGGCAGUAGGGCGUCCACUGCACUACCCUCUCCUAGUCACCAAAGCCCGUGUAGGCUAUGCAGUCCUGGCACUGGCACUGAAAGCUGUGGCUAUUGUUGUGCCUUUCCCUCUGCUGGUGGCGCGAUUUAAGCACUUCCAAGCCAAGACCAUAGACCAUGCCUACUGUGCACACAUGGCGGUGGUAGAACUGGUGGUGGGCAACACACGGGCCAACAAUUUGUAUGGGCUGGCGCUUUCACUGGCUGUGUCUGGUAUAGAUAUCCUGGGCAUCACUGGCUCUUAUGGGCUCAUUGCUCAUGCUGUGCUGCGGCUGCCUACCCAGGAGGCCCGUGCUAAGGCCUUUGGCACAUGUAGUUCCCACAUAUGUGUCAUUCUGGCCUUCUAUGUACCUGGUCUCUUCUCCUACCUCACACAUCGCUUUGGUCGUCACACUGUCCCAAAGCCCGUACACAUCCUUCUCUCUAAUAUCUAUUUGCUGCUGCCACCUGCCCUCAACCCACUCAUCUAUGGGGUCCGCACCAAGCAAAUCAGGGACCGACUCCUGGAAAUCUUCACAUUCAGAAAAAGCCAGUUCUAAUGGGCAAAAAAAAAAAAAAAAAAAAAA